AUGCGAGUUGAAAGACAAGACUCGGGAAGACCAGACCAGACCAGACCGUUGCAGCCAGCUGUGGACCUCAAAGACAAUGAAGAGAAAAAAGACAGAGGCGGCACCCGAGUAUGCAGGUGUAGAAGAGGACAGACAAACCUCUGUAUCACCACUGAUUUCCGUAUUCAAAAUGGCUGCUUGGUCUAUACAAACUCCGAGGUGUGUGUCCCUAUCAGUGAGGUGAAGGAGAGGAAGAAAAAGAAGAAAGAUGGCAAUGACGAAGAGCGCAAUGGCAAAAAGAAAUCUGAGGCUUGUGAAGCUGUUAGUGGGGUGAAGAAAAAGAAGUUGAAAAAGGAGAAAGACGCCUGUGUGGACACUACAGAGUCGGCUGAUCUUACGGAGAGCCGUAAGAAUGAAGAGCUUAAUGGCAAGAAGAAAGAAACGCACAAAACCAAGCGUAUAAUUACCCAGAAGGACGGAGCGGAAGAAGAGGAAGGCGUGGAGGACGAGGACGAGGAGGAGGAGGAGGAGCUGAGCCCGGAGGAACAACGAGUGCUGGAGAGGAAGCUGAAGAAGAUACGGAAAAAGGAGCAGAAGAAGAAGCAGAAGGAAGACGGGAAGUCUGAGAAGGAGGAGAGCAAAAGCAGCACUGCACAGACGCUGGCUCUGGAUUAUCUGACAUGCUGGUCCGAGAAGCGAGACAAGUGGAAGUUCCAGAAGACGAGGCAGGUGUGGCUCCUGCAGCACAUGUACGACAGCGAGAAGGUGCCGGACGCUCAUUUCUCUGUUCUCUUAUCAUAUCUGGAAGGGCUGCAUGGCAUUGCUCGGGAGCUCACAGUGCACAAAGCAGAGGCUUUGGUCCGAUUUGGGGCGAGUCCAGAAGGGGAAGAGGACGGGGCUACAGAAGCACAGAAGAAGAUGCAACGGGCCAGAAAGGUCAUUCAGAUUCUCUUCUGAGGAUGCCGGGAAAAAAAGGACAAAAUACUCUCAUCAUCCUGCUCUCCAUCUCUCGCUGUCUGUUGUCUUUACUCGGACACGUCGGAUAUCUGUCAGUACAAUGACGCGAUGCGCUGAACUGAGUCAGUGGACAGAAACCAUGUCUGUGUGUUUGAGCCUGUAAAUAUUUAUGACAGAAAAAUGUCUCUCUUUUUUUUUUAAUAAAGACAUUUACGUUUGCA